AUGACGACACCCUUUACCGCCGCCAUAAUAAUUGUCCUCACCGCCGUGUCUUCUCUUUCACCCUCAGCCAAUGCACUCGGUGGCUCCGCCACCACGGUGGCCGUCGUUUACGGUUCUGCCACUACUAUCUGCACCAUAAUUGCCCAGCAACCCCUCCGACAAAUUCAGUGCUGGCAGAACGGUCAGCUUCUGUCACCCAUCAUCCCCACAACGUCCUUCGAUUACAUCGCCGGCGGUCUUGACACCCUCUGCGCCACCCGCUCCGGUGGAUUCAGUCUUCUCUGCUGGAACACGACCUUCAACUCCAAAAGGAUGUACAACAAUUAUUCAGCUCCAUUAACUUCUCUAACAAUUGGUGACACUCAAAUUUGUGGUUUAACAAACAUCAGUUCGAGGCAGAACGUCAUUUGCUGGCGAGGAAAUGGCAUUUCCUCCGUUCAAAACCCAAAUGGGACUUUGGGAUUUCGCUCAAUUUCGUCCGGGUUGGGAUUUUCUUGUGGGGUUUUGGAGGGUAAUAAUCGGGUUUUAUGCUGGGGCGAUGACAAUAUUUCUGUCUCCAUACAAUCGGAUUUCUCAAAUUUUUCAAUGUUGAAUAUCCAGGUUGGUGGAAGACAUGCCUGUGGAAUGGAUAAUUCAGGAUUGGUGAUUUGCAAAGGAAACAAUGACAAUGGUCAGUUGGAUGUGCCGUCAAAUUCAUCAUACGAGUACAUUGGACUUGCCCUUGGGUUGAGUCACAGUUGCGCAAUCAGAAGAUUGAACCGAACAGUCGUUUGUUGGGGUGAAUUUUCUAGCAAUGUUACAGAUGGGAUUUCAUUUGAGUCUAUUGUUGCAGGAUUGAAUUUUACUUGUGGAUUGACAACAAGCAAUUUAUCAGUGAUUUGCUGGGGUUCUGGCUGGCCUAAUCAGUUUUACCCUUCUGGACAGGAGCUUCCUUUGCAGAAGUCUCUUCCGGGGCCAUGUGUGGAGACACCUUGUGAAUGUAAUUUAUAUCCUCAAACUCAAACACUUUGUUCUGGAAAUGGUCAUAUUUGCUGGCCUUGUGAUAUUACAGUUUCGAUUUCACCACCAUCAUUGCCAUCACCAUCACCACCCGUUGUUAGUCCUUCCCAUUCCCCUUCGAAAAGGCUACGAAGGGGUUUAUUAGCGUUCGCAAUUGUUGGAUCAGUUGGGGGUUUUGCUGGGAUUUGUACUGUAAUUUAUUGUUUGUGGACUGGUGUUUGUUUCGGGAAGAAGAAAAUUCAUAACUCGGUGCAGCCAACUAUUAGUGGUGCUCCGCAAUCUAAUAGUAGUCCACCUUCGAGAUCAUCAACUCUUCGGCGCCAGGGCUCUAUUCUCAUGAGGCGCCAAAGGAGUGGAACUUCAUCUAAACAUGCAGACAGGGCAGAGGAGUUUCUGUUUUUAGACCUAGCUGCAGCCACUAAUAACUUCUCUUUAGAGAACAAGAUUGGUGCUGGGAGUUUCGGGGUUGUAUACAAAGGCAAACUGGCUGAUGGUCGCGAAGUUGCCAUCAAACGAACAAAGAGCGAUGUUUAUGGUCUUGGAGUAGUGUUACUUGAACUUUUGACUGGGAAGCGGGCAUUAUUCAAAACGGGGGAAAAUGGGGGUGGUGCACCAAUAACUGUGGUGGACUAUGCGGUGCCGGCAAUAAUGUCCGGAGAAUUAGCCAAAAUUUUGGACCCUCGUGUUGGUCCACUGGAGAUAAACGAAUCCGAGGCGGUGGAACUGGUGGCUUACACUGCUAUGCAUUGCGUGCAUUUAGAAGGUAAAGAUAGACCUACCAUGAAUGACAUUGUCGCUAAUUUGGAGCGAGCAUUGGCUCUAUGUGAUGAUAGCCAUGGCAGCAUCUCUAGCGGUCCAAUAUCCAUUGUUUCAGAUUAA